AUGUCACAUGAAGACUUGGAAACAGUCAAGAAAUUGCUUGAUUUCGCGAAUACUACAGUGGAGAGGCUUGGUCCGAGGGCUACAAGCUACAGCCAGAUUGAUGAUGAAAUGCGGAAAGUGUUGCAAACCGUCAAGGGGACAGGCGCUGCGAAGAAGGUGGCAAAACGGAUCAAUAAAUUGACUGGGAAUCGAUUGGUUCAUAAGAUCCAUUUCCUCGGUCACCAUCCCUACGACAAUCACAAAAUAGCUUCAGCUCACUUUCUGGGAGUCACUCUCCAAUUGAAGAAAAUCUUUGCUUGCGAAUUGAGGACUACGAUAUCUUUCCGGACAAAAUUGGAAAAUUUUUGGCUUUCCCGGCAGGAUGAUGUCGUUGUGGAGACUGCAGCCGACAUGUUCUUCAAACAUGACGAUCUCGGCCUCGAAAUCAUCUUCGCUCCGGAUUUAGAGCGUUUCGAAUACCUGGAUUAUAUUUUCUGGAAGAAUCGAGAAAUUAACCCCGCCGAUUUUUUGGUAAUCACGACAAAAUUCUCGAACGCUCUUAUUGAUUCUGACGCAGAGGAUUUACCGUAUUUUGUGAAAUUCGUAAAAAAAGCAAAAGUUAUCGGGAUGCCAAAGUAUCAGCCGUAUACGGAAUUUCGGCUUUCUCGGAUUAAUACGGAGCAUCAGCCGCAAGAUGCCAUGGAAAAUUUGGGGAUACAUUACUGGAAAAACGGCUCCUUCUCAAAAAUCAACCCGGUCGAAAAAUCCCUAAUGGAAACCGAGGAUACCCUAUUAUUCGAAUGUCGAUGCGAGGCGGCUUGGCGGAUACAUUUACUACAAUCAGAAUUGGAAGUCGACGAGAAAAGUGACGGCGAGCUGGACGAGAUUAUCGGAAAUUUGCCGCUAUUGCUCGGGAAUUUGUAUUUU